GAUAGCUUGCCAGCGAUGACAGUGGACGUCAAAUCUACAUCUAAAACUGGGCCUCAACUUUGAUGAGAACAAACACGUUCUAGACUAUUUUUGGAUAUUACGUCAUCGAUAGAAAACUUUCGCUACUUUCCUAAAAUCCAUUUCGCGAUUUUAUUACGAAUGUGUUAUGUUUUUGUUUUUUUUUUAAACAUGGUGUUUUUACCGCAGGACUAUCUCGUUACAAUUUAAAGUAAUGUUAAGAAAGAAGACAAGAAUAUAGAUCUAGAUAUCGAUCUUUUGUUCUAAUUUACACACCAACAAAACAAAAUGGCACGAAACUUUUUUUUUGUUCUAAGAAAGUAAUGAAUUUUGUUUGUCUGUGGCGGCGCGUGGACUGAGCUCACGUGUGUUCUACUUUCUAUCAUCUGCUCCUGUAAUAUUUACACCCUCAGUCUCUCCCCCGUGUCAGAUACUAUAAUAGACAGGAGAAAAGGGAGACGAACAGAAAAAUACAAUAGUCCUUACAGGACCGAUAACUUCUGUUGAAACCAGACAAUUUUGAACUUGUGCACGGCUUUAUUUUUAAAAGGGGAUACUACGUUUUCAAAGUUGAAAAGACGCUACUAUAGAGAUCUUUCUGCAUUGAUACACAUUUUAGUGUAUGGGAUUUUUUUUUUCAAAAGUAUAUUUUCAAGGCCAUGAUCGUAUAAAGAACACGGAAGGAAGGAGAGUUGCCGGCCCUUGAUGUUCCUUUAAAAAUUAUGGACUGGUCUUACAGAGGCAACCAAAGAGAUGCAAGGCUUUCACCCCUUCCACCCGCAGAAUGAACUCUUCCAGUUGUUAUUUAACUUUUAUCAAACAUAUCGCAAUUGUUGUCAUCUUGAUCAUUCUAUCUGUGGAGGUGUCAGGUUCUUGGUGGUUCAUCAGCCAGCUCAACAUACACUCCUUGGGGGCUAACGUUGUGUGCGACAACAUUCCUGGUCUAGAAGGGCGCCAGAGGCGGCUAUGUCGUCACCAUCCUGACGUCAUGUUGUCCCUAGGUGAAGGCGCCAGACUCGGUAUUGAGGAGUGUCAAUACCACUUCAGAAACCAGAGGUGGAACUGCAGCACUCUCGAGCGGGACACCAGCCUUUUCGGGCGAGUUAUACUUAGAGGAAGUCGGGAGACUGCUUACAUUCACGCCAUCACUUCUGCUGGGGUCGUCUACGCUAUCACCAAGGCCUGCAGUAGGGGUCAGCUCAGCAACUGCGCGUGCGACCCCAACAAAAGGGGCUCCCACCAGGACAAGAAGGGCAUGUUCGACUGGGGAGGAUGCUCGGACAAUGUCCAGUAUGGGACCACCUUCACCCGGAUGUUCAUUGACGCCAGGGAAGGGAAGCAAAGAGACGGGCGAGCCAUGAUGAACUUACACAACAACAGGGCAGGACGUAGGGCCAUCAAAAAAUUCCGUAAGCUAGAAUGCAAGUGCCAUGGCGUCAGCGGUUCCUGUACCAUUAGAACGUGCUGGUUAGCCAUGCAGGAGUUCCGCUUGGUUGGGUCCCACCUCAAGACCCGGUACAACGGGGCCACGCUAGUCAUGAUGAAGCAGAACGGGGCCAGCCUGAUCGUGGCCAAUAAGAACCACAAGAAACCUACCAGGUCAGAUCUGGUCUACCUGGAGUCUUCGCCAGACUACUGUCUCGAGAACCCGGAAGUAGGCUCGCUAGGCACGGAAGGCCGCACGUGCAACAAGUCCUCACUGGGGACGGAUGGCUGUGACAUCAUGUGCUGUGGCCGGGGCUACCACACACGUGUGGUCAAGCAGCAAUAUAAGUGUGAGUGCAAGUUCCACUGGUGCUGCAUCGUCCAGUGCAAGGACUGUCAACAGUGGGUAGAGCUCCACACGUGCAAAGGUCAAGAGACCACCACUGUCAAGGACCCAAGCUAACCACGUGACUCUGUAAAGUCGUGCACCGGAAGUAAAUCUUUGGGUUAAAAAAAAGACAUACUGAAAUCUUUCUCUGACCUAUUGAGGAAGAAGUUGACAAAACAUUUUUUCAACGGUUCUUGUAAUGUGCCCAUCUCAAUCUCAGCACCUCAUUGCGUCCUCAUCUGAACUUCUUUACACACGCUGACCACUUAAUGGAAACACAUAGUCACAUUCGGAUAUAGGAGAUUUUCAUACUUAACCACAGUUAUCUACUCUUAAAUAAUACAGUUGAAUUCGCUUCAUCACAUUGGGAUGCAAUCAUUUUGUUCCUAAUCGGCUGAUCCAAUAAACCAGAUUCGCUUUGUAUAAUAGAAUUGAUUUCGGUGCUCUAAGAUUCGGUCUGAAUUAACGCGUGGUCCAAUUUACCGAUGGUUCAAUUAACCGGAUUCGACCGUAAUUUGAUCUUUAUUACUUUGUCAUUCAAAAGAAAAACUUAGAAAGUUGAUUCUGCAGUUUAUAUAUGAAAAUGCAAAAUACCUAGGUGUUAUAAUAACUGAAAAACUAUCACGGAAUCCCCAUAUUGAUGAAACUAUCAAAAAAUCAAACAAAGCAUUAGAGUUUAUUAAAAGAAAUUUCUAUAAAUCAAAUAAGAACAUAUACUAAAAUUGAACCUUGGUUAGGCCAAUAAUAGAAUAUGCAUCCUCUGUUUGGGAACCCUCAACUCAAGAAAAGAUUAAGAAACUGGAACAGACACAAAAUAGAGCAGUGAGAUUCAUAACAUUCACAUUUGAUUAGAAUAAGACUUUUAGUAAAAUCAUUACAUUUAGGGACCUUUCAGGAUAGAAGACUUAAAAUUAAAACAGUAAUUAUACUUAAAACACUGAACCGUAGUCUUCAAUACAAAAAAAAAAAAAAAACAACUAAUAAAAUAUUCAAAAAGAUACAAAGAUAAAGGCACAUUCCUUGUUCCAUAUGCUAGGACAAAUUUGUACAAAUGCUCCUUCUUCCCUAGCACUAUUACAACAUGGAAUGGGUUGCCUAAGUCAGCAAGGAAAACCACUGGAUUGGCAGAGUUUGUCAUUGUUUAAAAUGCUUGACUAGAUUGGCCUAGGGAUGAGCAUAGGGUGUAAUCAUCUUCUAUUUCGAAGUAACGUCUGUAUUUUAUAACAUAAGAUAAAUCGGAAAUCAAAACACAAGCACAACAGAGACUUACUCAGAUACAUUGUAAUACUGAAAUACAGACACACAGAUGUAAAUGGACAACGAAUUUUAAAAAUAAUUUGGAACACUCGACUAUAAUUAGAUGCAGACAAUCAAAUAUAAUUAAGUUUUCUAGAGUCUUCAUCUACUUUUAGACACAACUGCUAGUGUGGCAUUCACUUGGAUUGUAACGCGGGUUCAAGGUCUUUGAUCUUAGUUCAACAGGAUUUCCUUUUUUUUCUCUAACCAAAUUCAAAACAUUAUUGAGAGUUGACACGCAUUAUAGUUGAUAGUUUAGUUCUCUUGGUCAUUAAAUCACUUUAGUGCUUGCUUGCUAUAGAUAGAAACGGUAUAUGUUAAGUCACAAGUAUGAAUUCAUGCGUUGUAAGUACACUUUUAAAAAAUGUGUACAAUCUAUGAACUUAAAAGAAAACAAAAAUGUAUCUGAAUGAUGAAAGUGCUUUAGAAAUUUUAACUUUUGAUUUUAAUGACGAUUGGAGUAUCAUUUAUAUUACUGAUAUAACUAAAAAAUAAAAACACUAAAAGAAUGUACAUAAAGUUUUGGUGCCUAAAAAUGUGUUUUCUCAUGAGAAUUAUUGCAAAAAAUGCACUCGUUUUUUUAUAUUAUUUUUUUUUGUGUCUUUGGGAAGAACAACACUUUGAUGCCUAAUGUUUUAUGUUUCAGUCAUUGAUUGCCUUGUUGGAUGAUGCUGUUAUUUAAACAUUAAAAGUGCCUUCAUAUGGAA